AUGUUUUCAAGUGCUUUAAGUUAAAUGCUGGAGAUAAAGAAUAAGGAGUAUGAUGCUAAGCUCAUAAUGUAAAACAUAAGCAGCAUGGAAAAAUUAAACUAAAUUGAAAUGAUGGCUCUAUUGGAGAUCAUUUACUAAUGUAAGCAAUGUUCACAAAAGGACUAAAAAAAGGAAGAGAUAUUGAAUGAAUUACACUCUUUUCUUCAAAGUUAAUUGACAACUGAACGUGCAGCUGUGACUAAUACCAAUAACUUUUUGGAAUACAAAACUAAGUGUAAUGCCUCAAAUACAGGCGUUAUGAUACUCAAUCAUCAAGGAUAAUUUAUUCUGUCUGAUCAUAUAUCCAGAAACAUUUUAGAAAUAAACUCAAAAGAGGAGCUCGAACAAAAGAACCUUUUCUCACUUAUCAGCAAAGCCUCGGAACUCAAGCUCAGAUAGAUCCUCAAAAAUAAUUGUUUAUUGUAAACUGAAUAAACUAAGGGUUGUUUUGAUAUUGCGAUCUACUCAGACAGAAAUCGAAAGAAAAGUCUUAAGUACUUGAAUUAAAUGGCACAAGUACCUUUGAAAAAGAAGAUUAAAAAGAAUAUGACUGAAAAUGUGAAAUAAUUGUAAAAGGAACAAAUGUUAAUGGCAAAGUAUUUAAAACCAAUCAAAGUUACCAUGCUGAAAGUCAAUGUUCAAAUUCAUCAAGACUUUAUUGAAUCGUUCGCAGAUUCAAAUGAUAUAAUUUUAAGUAACUUAGAUGUUUUGGCUUAAACAAAUGCAAAUUAGUUGGUCAUUUGUGAAGUCAGAGAGUUAGAUUCCCAUCUAGGAUUAACAGUUUAAGAAUUGCUCUCGGAUCCUUACAUCUCUAAACAUGAAAUUAAAUGGAACAGAAGAGUAAGAAAGUUUAAAGGACAAAUUUCAGAUGACGAGUAUGAACUUUGA